CGAGCAGAAGCCCCGCGCACCGGGCGAUUUUGUGCUUGACUUCGCCAUGCUGGUGGUGCUCUCCGCGGCUGCCAGGUUCCACUCAAAGCCAGUGACGGACUUGGCCCUGAGAAGCAGCCCGAAGCUCUUGUCCAAGGCCAAGACCCUGGUGCAAGAGCUGAGCGUCCUCGAGGCCAAGGAUAUCAAGAAGCAGCUGCAUGUCAAUGAUGCCUUGGCGAAGCAGUAUGCCGCGUACCUCAAGGAUUUCGAGGCGAAGGAGCCGGUGCCGUGCUGCGGGGUGUUCGACACCCCGCUCUGGAACUCCUCAGCGCUCUCCAGCUUUGACGAGGACGAUGCGGAGUGGGCCAACUCCUACGUGCGGAUCUUCUCAGGCUUGUACGGCCUGCUGCGGCCCUACGACCAGAUCCAGAGGCUCAGCCUGCCCGUGAGCCUCAGCACCAAGCUGAAGACGACCAAGGGCUCCGUGCUUCGGCAAUAUUGGGCGGAGUCCAUCGAAAAGGAGAUCGAGGGCGCUCUUCAGAAGCUGCCCAUGCCGGUGAUCGUGGACAUGUCCAAUGAGGAGGACCGGCUUCUUUUGGAUGCAGAUCGGCUACCGCCAGAGACGCGGGUGAUGAAGGUGGAGUUCAAGCACCUCAAGAAGGAAGGUGCCCUUGAAGCCCAGGGCGAGUUCCUACGGUGGAUGCUGCAGAAUCGCUGCAUGACGCCCGAGGAGCUAGUGGACUUCCGGGGACUGGAGCAAGAGGACGAAGAGGAAGAGGUGAACUCCUACCGUCUCCACAAGAACCAGCCCUCUCCGAAUCACUUGGUCUUUGAGGAGAACAAGCGGGACGGCGGGGACGGCGGCUGGGCCAAGAAGCUGGCCGAGUACGGAGGCUCCCAGCGGAAGUUCGUCAAGGAGUUCGCAAGCGGAAAGGAGAAGUGGAAGCGCUCCGAGCUCAACAAAGCGGUGAAGAAGGAGACCAAGAAGAGGAGCAGCGGCAGCAGUUUCUACUGAUGCGCGUUCGACGCUCUCUCGUUCCCACUUUCCCUUGCCGGGCUGACGCUCAUGUGGCGAACGGCGGACACACAGAGUUUCGG